CAAAUCGAUGAAGAACAAUUAAGAGGUCGCAGGCGACCAUUAUGGAUGUACCGUUCUUUGAUGAGAAUUUCUGAGAGACCAUCUGUUUAUUUAGCUGCCAGGAGGAAGCCUCCACAAAAACCAGGAGAUGCUAAAGGAGCACCUUCAGAGAAACCUUCAUCCCCAAAAUUGACUAAGAAAGUUAAAGGAGACAAGAAAGCAGAGGACACAUCAGAUUCAGAACCAGAAGCAAAAAAAGAUAAGAAAGAUUUAAAGACAGACAAAGAUAAUGGUAAAGGACCUAAAGAUGGAAAACCAGAUGCAAAAACAGGUAAGGGCAAGGAUUCAGCUUCAGAAUCUGAAGGUGAAAAGCCAGGUGCAAAGAAGGAUGACAAAAAAGACAAAAAAGGUUCAAGGAAGGGCAAGGAUUCAGGUACAGAAUCUGAAGGUGAAAAACCAGGCGCAAAGAAGGAUGACAAAAAAGGUAAGAAGGAUUCAAAGACUGGCAAAGAUACGACCUCCAAUUCAGAAGGUGAAAAGCCAGGUGCAAAGAAGGAUGACAAAAAAGAUAAAAAAGGUUCAAAGAAGGGCAAGGAUUCAGGUUCAGAAUCUGAAGGUGAAAAACCAGGCGCAAAGAAGGAUGACAAAAAAGGUAAGAAGGAUUCAAAGACUGGCAAAGAUAUGACCUCCGAUUCAGAAGGUGAAAAGAAGGGUAAAGAUGCAAAGAAAGAUGCAAAGAAAGGUGAUGAAGCAAAGGAUGCCAAGAAAGAUGCAAAGAAAGAUUCAAAGAAGGGGAGUAAAAAAGAUGAAAAGAAGCCUGGUGGUGAAAUAAAGGAUGAAGCCAAGAAAGAUGUGAAAAAAGAUGACAAGAAAGAUGCCAAGAAAGAUACCAAGAAAGAUGCCAAGAAAGAUGACAAGAAAGAUGCCAAGAAAGAUGACAAGAAGGAUGCCAAGAAAGAUGCCAAGAAAGAUACUGACACAGAAUCUGCUGACUCAAAGUCCGACGCAAAGAAGGGUACAAAGAAGAGUGUAAAGAAGGGCAAGUAG